AGGGAAGGAGAACUACAGCUCCCAGCAGCCUCCCGGCAGCCGGGGAAGGGCAGAGUUCACUGUCGCGUUGACAGUGGAGGACUAAGGGUGUGUGUCGGGUGCCGGGGCUGUCCGGCCCUCAGCGGAGCCGAAGGGCCUUUGGGAAGGGCAAGUGGAACGGCCAGCGCUGGCCUUCUCCUGGCGCCCCUCUGCUUCACUUCGGCGCCCCGAGCAGCUCCGAACCUGCCCGGGUUUAUGGGCAUUUAAUAGCAACUCCAAAGACCUAGACAGGAUGGUGUCUGUGAGGAGGGUAGGAUUUGAUCAGCCACUCAGACAGGAGGGAGAUACGUGUUCUUAUGACCAAAGAAGAAAGUGAAACAAAGCGGUGCAGAAGCCGGAGCUCCAGGGAAGAAAUAAAAUGGAAGAGAAUCUAAGUGUGGAUCUCUCUGGAGCAGGGCCAGCCCAGGAUGAGGUGCACAGCACAGCAGAGCAUCCUGUCCACCAAGAACCCACCCAAGAAACACUUGACCACCAAGUGGCAAGCAGGUGGCCUGAGACCUCCCGCAAACUGGAGGAGGACUCUUCAGUAUGUAAAUCACCAACUCCUGAUGGAGACACAAGACUGUCUGAUUUAGCUGUACCCACAGCAGAGGAGAAGGUUAACCAGGAAGCUGAAAUAGAAUUCGGGAAGACAAGUGAUGGUGUCUCCAAAAGAUGCCAGGAAGAAGAUGGCUUGGAUGAAGCCAAGCUCGCCCAUGAUAAAAUGGACAGCAAAGGAGACAGCCCUGUACAGCAGGAAACAUGGGAGGACCAGGAGAUAAGCAGGCAAUGUGAAAGCUCCUACACAGCGGAGGAAGAUGCUUCAUCAAGAAGCAAGUCACUAAGCUCUGACAGUAAAGUGACACAUUUUUCUGGGACUGCCACAGAAGAUGUCACAGAGGACCCCUUGCCAGAGAAGAGUACCAGUGCUCCUCUCCUAGAUCAGGAGCCAGAAGAGAACAUGGAGCAAGAAACACAGGAAAACGGAUCCCAAGGCAUGUUAAGGAACAGACAUGGAAUGAAAGGGCACAUAUCCCCAAAGCCAGAGGCUCAGUCCUGCUUGCAGAAUGUCACCACCCAAAACACAGACCAGGAGAAGGCAAAAAAGUCCCUCUUCCUGAAAGGUGAGGAAAAGAAGCUUCCCUUGCAUGUUACUCAUCGACUGGAAGGCCCUGAUCCUCCAGGAACAAGGCUUAUCACCUUGAGCCUUCUAUUACUUGGUCUCUGCCUACUCUGCUUCAGCAACCCAACCUCCAGUUCCCAGCAAGCUCCCAGGAACCCUACGGUGGAGGCAUUCCUGUCCCAGUUCAACCAACUGCAGGAGAGGUUUCCGGGGCAGAGUCCUCAAUUCUGGCUUCGUGGGCGCAAGUUCCUGCAGAAGCACCUCAAUGCAUCUCACCACACGCAGCCAGCCAUUGUUAUCUUUACAGCUGCCCGCAAGGGUGAGCAGACCUUGCGAUGCCUUAGCGCCCAUGUGGCUGAAACCUACUCGGCUGCCCUGCAUGGCAACAUGGUCCAGAUUGAUGGCAUGGGGAAAUCCAGGCUCCAGAGUGACAAGGCCAAGCUGGAGGUGGACAUGGAGCUGAGCUCAGCUUUCCAGGCUAGGAGCCGUGCUGCAGUGAUCCACCGCUUUGAGUUGCUGCCAGCAGAGGCCACCCUCAUUUUCUACAAGUAUUGUGACCACGAAAGUGCUGCUUUCAAGGAUGUGGCCCUGCUGCUGACUGUGCUGCUGGAGGAGGAGACGCUGGAGACCCACAUCAGCCUCCAGCAGGUGGAGGAGAGUGUCCGUGACUUCCUCUGGGCCAAGUUCAUUGACACCAGGACCCCCAGCUCCCACGACCACAUGGACUCUGACAAGCUCAGUGGGCUGUGGAGCCGCAUCUCCCACCUGGUCCUACCGAUCUACCCAGUGCAGGCCAUCGAGAAGGGAGGCUGCCAUGUCCAUACCAAACCCUAGGGGCAGAGGCUGCCAGGGCCCCAGAGGAGGGUUGGAGGAUGGUCCUGUCAACUCUGGUGGAGGCAUACACAAACAGUGCUAUUUCUCUUCAAUUUGUUUCUCGCAUCUUCCUGGAAAGAGUUUGACAGGUAUAAGUUGACUCAGGCUUUUUGCCAGCCUGGAGAUGGUAGAUUGCACACUUCCUUCUGGCAGAUGGGAAGAGUGGGUACUCUAGACUGCUAAUUGCACAGGAGAACAUUGCUGUGUGGGGAGGCAGGAGGGAAAACAGGACUUUAAGGUAGCAUUUCUAUCAGAAGAUACACAAAUAACGUACACAACUAGUAUGCCACAAAGAUACUUCAGUAUCUCUUUCAUUUCUCCUUGCCUCUUAGUUCACUAGUGUCAUGUACAUUGGUCUCCGAAUGUACUUUAUCUAGAAGGUUUCUCUUCAUUUGCAGAGUGCUGUUGAAACACAGGAAGGUCAAAUUCCUCAAAGCCCAACAUUUUGAAGGAUACGUCAAAAAACUCAUUUGCUAGUUAGGGGGUUGACCAGUCAGUCCUGAUAGGGUCACACUUGCACAGACAGAUUGACACCUUGCAAAGACCAGAUCCUAAAUAUAGAAUGUCCAAACAAGCCUGCAAUUCAGAAAUCCCCUAAACAUCAACUAGAAGAAACUUCAGAGAGCAGUGAAACAGAAACCACCUCACUGUUGCUCUGAUUGCACAGGUAAAAGAAUGAGUAACACAGUUUAACUUAUGCUACCUCUUUUAAAAAAUGUCCACUCUUGAUCCCUUUGCUGCCACAAAACUAUGACUGUAUCUUUGGGCUGAUGCAUCAGCUUUGGUCCUACAUGAUGGAUUGCUCUUCACCUAGGUCUCUGAUCUGUGUCAGGACAGGAAACCUGUCUCUCCCCAGCCAACUUUUAUUGAUGAAUGUAGAUGUUAGCAUUGAUAUUUAUUUCAAAUCACAUAGGGUAGCACUCCAGGUCUUUGCCCUCCGAAGGUGUAUUUGCCUCCCUGACAGGCAUCUGGUGCUCUGUCAUAUGCUAAAGCAACUAGGAACAGAGCUGGGAUUAGCUGGUAAAGACAAAAUCUCUCACGUUAACACUAAAAUUCCCCAACAAAGCAAGUCGGUUUCUUACUGUGCCUUCUCUUCUGCAUACCAGGAAGAGAAAUCUGAGUCCUGGAAACACUGUGUUGCCCCUGCACACUGCACUUCUGCAGGUGCUCUGGGACUCUGAGACAGAGCAGACAACUCAGGGAAUACCUCAGGGGUAGGUGCAGGUUGCAGCAUUUAUAGCAACACAACGACCUGCCCCGGGUGUCAGACCCUCGUGCCUACAGGGUUGUCUGCCAGGGAAGGAGCAGCUGUAGCAGAGCAUGGCUUAUUUCCAUAUAAGCAGCACAGGCUGGGGCCUUACAGAGCCAGGCUCUGUAUCCGAACAGGACACAAACUGAGAACACUAUGGUGUUUUUAGAAGUAGCACACGUGAGUGCUCCUUAGAGCAACUGGACCCUGGUGCCGUCCAGGUCUUCUGCCAAUGGUGCCUUGCUGAUGUGCCCCACUGAUGGGUCAGCUGACGUACAACCCUGCACCCUAAAACCACAGCCUGUCUCUUCUUUCCUCCUGCUGCGUGCCUUGGACCUCUCUUAGGAGAUAUGUGGCCACUAACUUGGAGGAGGGGACAAAACAAAGGAAGAGGAAGAGGUUAUUUGUUCAUGUUCCAGUCAAAGGACAACUUUGUUGGUUGGGGACAUGAAGACACAACCAAAGGGUUUUAACCGUGACAAACACUAGGCUAGAUGUGAGAGUUACCUGCUGCAGCUCACCAUCAGCAGGGCAGCCGAGGGUGUGGUUUUGUACAAGAUACAGGUUGCUUCCUCCCCUUCCUCCUCUUUAUUGCUAAACAUUACUUUGGUAACAGAAAAUACUGUUUCUGCUCUGCAUGGUUCAGUAUGGGCGCUGAUGUAAGAACCAGCAGAGCAUUAAUCAUGUCAAUAUCUUGAAGGAAGUCUGUAUUUUAAUGUUAUCUCACUCUCAGUUUUAUGCACUGUUUUUGUAAUGCAUAGCCAGGGUAUGGAAGGUCAAAUUCACACUGCUUGGGCACAUCACUGUAAGCUUCACCCACCCGAGCUGGUCUAAUAGAGAGAUAGAUAUUUUUAUGACCUUUUAAAGACAAACUGUCUGCUUGCUUCUGAACCAAAACUUCUAUUUAAAAAUAAAUAAUGAGAUUGCGAAAGAAACCAGAAGUCCUCAGAGUGA